GGAGAGCCACAGACCCAGGCCAUCUCUGAGGGGUUAUUCUGCACAAACCAGCAUUGUCUAGCUCAACGGCCCCAUGCGCCACGCCCAUCCUGCGGUAGCGGCUCCGUCUUGCUGGUGGUCUGUGUGAUGGGCGUGUCCUCCAGGCCCCAGGCCCCGCCCCCCUCUCCCUGGCUGAGGUCAGAGAUGCCACCCCACCACCUCCCGGAUUCAGCCGCAUGAAUACACCCAAAUGGUCACACACACACACAUACAUGCACACGCACACACGCAUAUAAACACACACACGCCAGCACAUGCAAGCUCAGACACACACACUCCAGCACACGCAAACACAGAUACACAUCUCUUCCCUGCAGACAAUGGAGCCCACUUUCGGCAUAGGGUAACAGUCAGAUAGAUUGACCUCUUUGGCGUUACUGAAUGCAUAUAUGUCAAAGUCUCUCAGCAGUCUGAAUUCUCUGAUUGUACCCUGGACCAGUACCUGGAUUACAGAGCUGCAUCUGGGCCCUGAUUGGACAGUGGAGCAGUAGCAGUGCUGUGAUUGGACAGUGGAACAGUAGCUGUGCUGUGAUUGGACAGUGGAACAGCAGCAGUGCUGUGAUUGGACAGUGUAACAGCAGCUGUGCUGUGAUUGGACAGUGGAACAGUAGCAGUGCUGUGAUUGGACAGUGGAACAGUACCUGUGCUGUGAUUGGAUCCCUGGAGCAGUGAGGCACAGCCAGGACUGGUCUGGGCGCAGAUGGAGCAGGUCACCAGUGUGGUUCAUGUGCAGAUAUCCGGACAGCCCUCCCCUGUGGCCCUCCCCAGGUCGAGGACGGACCCUGGGGCUUGGCUGGGCCCCACCCAGCCCUGCCAGCAGCCGGGAGCAGUGCCGGAGGCCAGCCUGGCCGUGGUCCUGGCGGUUUUAGCGGUAGCAGUGAUCCUCAUCCUGCUGUGUGCCGUACUGCUGCUCUGCUUCCGGCAGCGAUGGGCCGAGAGCAGCUCCAUGCAGUACAUCAACUUCUACCACUCUGCCCGCUACACGCUGAAAGAGCCCUGUCCCUCACCCCCACAGCCUGGCCCCAGGGCCCCCACACUGCCCCUGCCACCCCCACCCACCCCUACACCACCCCUACCCCAGUUCCACCCACCCACUCCCUUCAUCCACACCACCCCCCCCAGUCCCCUCCUGCCGGGGCAGGACAUGGGGGUGUACGCCCGGAUCGGGGCGAUGAGGAGCUCCAGACCGCCCAGUGCCAGUGGGGGUGGGACACAGACGCAGGUCAUCCUGUUUGAGCACUCCUCUCUGUGA